UUUGACCAUCACUAAUAGAAAAUGUCAGAUUGAAUGUCACAUUUUUUUUGUUGACAAAUCUAGCUCUGUUAUCUAUGGAUGGCCAUAUCCAUUUAUUAGUAAAAUAUUAAUUUUAAACAAUUACUAGGAAUUCGUAACACUUUAAUAGCUUUCUAACUAACACGAUGAACAGUUUAAGAUAAUAUCUUCAAUAAUAAACUAAAACUAUUAGGAGAAUCAGCGAGAAAAAAUACAUUUCCGUUUCGAGGUUAUGUCUGUUAUGCACCGGGAAUUAAUCCAAAGCCCCAAUUUAGGAAACUGCAUCAAUGAGGCCCCCAACGAUACGUUCUCUAAGACAUUUCCUAAUGAUAUGCCCUUUCGGGCUCAUAGUUUUGUUCUUUUUCAUGUUCCUGGACUCAGGUGAAGUGGAGAUAUCAGGCUGGGAGUAUAAUGUAAGCCGUAAACUACAAGAUUACAUUUAUAUAGACCGGAUAACGUCUAGAAUACUACCAGAAAAGUUCUGUGAUAGUCCAAAAUUCUUGGUUAUAAUGUGCAUAUCAGAUCCUUCGGGUUUCAGCUCUAGAUCAGUCAUAAGAGAAACAUGGGGUAAAGAAAAGACUGUAAUGGGUCAGGAUAUAUCCCUAUAUUUCCUAAUAGGCGAAACAAGUAAUACAAGCAUUCAAAUCCAGCUAGAGAAUGAAUCUCAAAAGCACAACGAUAUUAUUCAGGAACGGUUUCACGAUAGCUACAAUAAUUUGACUCUCAAGUCGGCAAUGAUGCUGAAACUGUUCACUAUGAAGUGCCAGAGCACUGCUAGGUUCUUGCUGAAGAUUGAUCAAGAUAUGUACUUGAAUUUGCCCAAGUUAAUUGAGGAUUUGCUGGAGAGAAAUAAAAGUACUGAACUACUAAUGGGGUCUGUGAUAUGUGGUGCGAAACCUAUAACCGAUUCUAAGAAUAAGUGGUAUGCUGGUCCUAGUUAUAUGUAUUCACGUGAAUCCUACCCAAACUAUAUCUCUGGUACUAGCUACUGUAUGUCGAAUGAUGUUCCUGAAAAACUGCUGAAUACUUCCCUACAUACUGAAAUUUUUCAUUUAGAGGAUGUAUACUUAACAGGCAUAUGCGCUUCGAAAAUCAAGUUGAAUCUCACCCACAACGGAUUGUUUACAUACAGGAUGUACCCCACAGACUACUGCGUUUUUAAAUCCCUGAUAACGGUUCAUUAUCAGGAUCCUACGAGUAUCAAAGGUUUGUACCGCGCCAUGAAGGACGCUGACGUUGACAGGAAGUGUCAGCAGGAAAAGCUGGUGUUCCACGUGCACCAGUGGUUCAAUAGGAACGUGGUGGCUGGUAACAGGACGUGGAGAAGGCGGGUUUGUGGUUAUUGAACCCCUCAGGUUUGUACCCAGAAAGUCUGAGGUUAGGGAAAAUGAUUUUUGAAAAAAAAAUGUUUUGAAGAAUUUUUGAAUAGAAUUUUUUUGUUACUGUCUGUAUGAUGGUAAAAUUAUAUACUUCAGUUAUCCAGCUAAUGAAAUUUUGUCCUGUAUAUACAGGAUGUCCUAAUAAAGUGCGAGAAUUGAGUAAUAAUAGUUCUACCUCUACUCGAGACACGCCUAUAAGUUUUUUUUUAAAUUGUUAAAAUGUGUUUUGAAUUUUUUAUUUUUUCAACAUUAAGCACCACACGAUCGAAAAAAAAACAGCGUCAAAGACAGCUGGAAAAUGACAAUCGAUGAUAAUUUUGGCGAGGUCAAGCCCGAGUACUGCCUUAAGAAAGUUUUAUGUCAGUUUUUAGUAAACGACGUCUAGAGAUUGACAUCGCCAAAAAUAUCGUCGAUUGUCAUUUCCCAGCCGUCUUUGACGCCGUCUUUUUUUUCAAUCCUGCGGUAUUUUCAGUGAAGUGUAUACUUUCUUGUACGUGUGGCAACACGGGGCUAGAUAUUAAAAUACUUGCACUAAUUUAAUAGACACCCUGUAUCUAUAGAUUAGAGCGUGAAAAAGAUAUUGAAUAGUUACAAUUACUAUUUGUACAGGGUAGUUCAAAAGAAUUGUUUUUCCGAUUUUACAAAGGUACAUAACAAAGUUUUAAGUUACCCUGUGAAAUUAAAUUAAAAAAAUUAAGUUUUUUAUUUAGCAAUUUGAUUUUAAACUAAAUAAAUUAUAAUCAGCUAUUUCUGUGUAGCUUAGUGAGUUAUACGGGGGGUUUCAUAAGUAAGGUAAUACAUUUUUGAGUAUUUCUUCAUUUUUAAAGGCUUCCUAUAAUUUUAGCAUUCUCUAUCAGAAAAUUUUCGAGCGUGUUUAUAUGAAUUUUUCGUCAUAAUAUUAUAUAAGGAACAGUCCUCUAAAAUAUUUACUUUAUUUUAACACCCUGUAUAUAUCUCAACUAUAGUUAAGUUUGGAUCAAAGAGACUUUCUCACAUGCUUAGAUAUAUUCAUCUAUAAUCGUAUGUUGUGCUCAAUUAUUUUGUUUAUAUUAUAUAUGUUUUUAUUAUAAAACGAACACUGGGUAUACAGGGUGUCCCUUGUAAGAGUUUUACCACCAAUUUUUUACAGUGAAAAAUAUUUUUU